GCCUGUGGGGGAGGAGCGGCAGCGGCGGCGGCUGGAGCUGCUGUGGCGACCGACGCGAGGCGGUGGCAGAGGAGACCCACCCCUGUCCACAUGGACAGUCGCAAAGGCCUCCGCUGAUGCAUUCACGCCUGGGCGGGGUGGGCGGACGGCCGUAGCGGCGGCGGCUGCACAACGAGCUAGGGGCCUGGAGGCGCCUGACGGUCGCAGAGACCUCGCCGCUCCGGCGCGGCGGGUGCGGCCAUUUUACGGCCUGGGACGAAGGGAGGCGUGUUUGUGUGCUCGCUUUCAUUCUCCGUUCUUGGGAACCCACGGCUGGGGGAAGUUUCUCGGGCAGCCUGGGUGGGCGGUGGAUGGGGAGUCGUGGGCCGAGAGGAACCGGGCCCGGGAAGCGCCGUCGUCGUCGUCGCCGCUCGCGUUCCCCCGGAGAGGCCUGAGAAGCUCGGGCCGCGGGCCUCGCUGCCCGCCAGCCCGCGGACAGGCCCGGGCGCGCCUGGCCUGCCUUUGUAUAGGCCCGUCUGAACGUAGGAGCGCAGCCCGCCUGACGGCUGAGCCCGAGGCCCGCAACCCUGCGGCGUCUACCCUCCUCCGGCGCGGCCCCUCAUCCCGGCGAGCACGGCGGCGGUGUGGGCCAUGGAUUAAGAAGGAGGCGGCGUGGGAGGAGGAAGAUGGCGGCCGGCAAGAGCGGCGGCAGCGCAGGGGAGAUUACUUUUCUGGAAGCUUUGGCUAGAUCAGAGUCUAAGAGAGAUGGAGGUUUUAAAAAUAAUUGGAGCUUUGAUCAUGAAGAAGAAAGUGAAGGAGAUACAGAUAAAGAUGGGACAAAUCUGCUCAGUGUGGAUGAAGAUGAGGAUUCUGAAACCUCAAAAGGAAAAAAGUUAAAUCGUCGAUCUGAAAUUGUUGCUAAUAGCUCUGGUGAAUUCAUCUUGAAGACAUAUGUAAGACGAAACAAGUCUGAAAGUUUUAAAACUUUGAAAGGCAACCCAAUUGGACUUAACAUGUUGAGCAACAAUAAGAAAUUGAGUGAAAAUACGCAAAAUACGUCAUUAUGUUCUGGAACUGUAGUUCAUGGUAGACGUUUUCAUCAUGCUCAUGCACAGAUACCAGUAGUAAAAACAGCAGCCCAAAGUCUGGACCGAAAAGAAAGGAAAGAAUACCCACCUCAUGUCCAAAAAGUUGAAAUUAAUCCUGUAAGGUUAAGUCGGCUCCAAGGUGUUGAACGUAUAAUGAAGAAAACAGAAGAGUCCGAAUCACAAGUGGAGCCUGAAAUCAAGAGGAAAGUACAACAGAAACGGCACUGUAGUACCUAUCAGCCUACUCCUCCUCUAUCUCCUGCUUCAAAAAAAUGUUUAACCCAUUUAGAGGAUUUGCAAAGAAAUUGCAGACAAGCUAUUACUUUGAAUGAGUCUACUGGACCAUUAUUAAGAACGUCAAUUCAUCAGAAUUCUGGAGGACAGAAGUCACAAAACACAGGAUUAACAACCAAGAAGUUUUAUGGCAACAAUGUGGAAAAGGUUCCAAUUGAUAUUAUUGUGAAUUGUGAUGACAGUAAACACACUUAUUUACAGACUAAUGGAAAAGUCAUUUUACCUGGGGCAAAAAUACCCAAAAUCACAAACUUGAAAGAAAGGAAAACAAGUUUGUCAGACCUAAAUGAUCCAAUCAUUUUGUCCAGUGAUGAUGAUGAUGACAACGACAGAACUAACAGAAGAGAAAGCGUAUCUCCUCAGCCUGCUGAUUCAGCAUGUUCUUCCCCUGCACCAUCCACUGGAAAAGUAGAAGCAGCGCUAAAUGAAAAUACUUGCAGAGUAGAGCGUGAACUACGAAGCAUUCCAGAAGACUCAGAGUUAAAUACAGUUACAUUGCCAAGAAAAGCAAGAAUGAAAGACCAGUUUGGCAAUUCUAUUAUCAACACACCUCUGAAACGUCGUAAAGUGUUUUCUCAAGAACCUCCAGAUGCUUUAGCUUUAAGCUGCCAAAGUUCCUUUGACAGUGUCAUUUUAAACUGUCGAAGUAUACGAGUAGGAACACUCUUCCGGCUGUUAAUAGAGCCUGUAAUUUUUUGUUUAGAUUUUAUCAAGAUACAGCUAGACGAACCAGACCAUGAUCCUGUAGAGAUUAUUUUAAAUACCUCUGAUCUAACUAAAUGUGAAUGGUGUAAUGUCCGAAAAUUACCUGUAGUGUUUCUUCAAGCAAUUCCAGCAGUUUAUCAAAAGCUGAGCAUCCAACUGCAAAUGAAUAAGGAGGAUAAAGUUUGGAAUGAUUGUAAAGGAGUAAAUAAAUUAACAAAUUUAGAAGAACAAUAUAUAAUUUUAAUUUUUCAAAAUGGCCUUGAUCCUCAGGCAAAUAUGGUAUUUGAAAGUAUCAUUAAUGAAAUUGGUAUAAAGAAUAACAUCUCCAAUUUUUUUGGGAAAAUUGCCUUUGAAGAAGCUAAUGGCAGACUUGUUGCCUGUACAAGAACCUAUGAAGAGAACAUCAAAGGAAGUUGUGGGCAAAAGGAAAACAAAAUUAAAAGUGUAUCAUUUGAAUCUAAAAUACAACUUAGAAGCAAACAAGAAUUUCAGUUUUUUGAUGAAGAAGAAGAAACUGGAGAAAACCACACCAUCUUCAUUGGCCCAGUAGAAAAGUUGAUAGUAUAUCCACCACCUCCAGCUAAGGGAGGCAUCUCUGUUACCAAUGAGGACCUGCACUGUCUAAAUGAAGGAGAAUUUUUAAAUGAUGUUAUUAUAGACUUUUAUUUGAAAUACUUGGUGCUUGAAAAACUGAAGAAGGAAGACGCUGACCGAAUUCAUAUAUUCAGUUCUUUUUUCUAUAAACGCCUUAAUCAGAGAGAGAGGAGAAAUCAUGAAACAACUAAUCUGUCAAUACAGCAAAAACGGCAUGGGAGAGUAAAAACAUGGACCCGGCACGUAGAUAUUUUUGAGAAGGAUUUUAUUUUUGUACCCCUUAAUGAAGCUGCACACUGGUUUUUGGCUGUUGUUUGUUUCCCCGGUUUGGAAAAACCAAAGUAUGAACCUAAUCCUCAUUACCAUGAAAAUGCUGUCAUACAGAAAUGUUCAACUGUAGAGGACAGUUGUAUUUCUUCUUCAGCCAGUGAAAUGGAGAGUUGUUCACAAAACUCUUCUGCCAAGCCUGUAAUUAAGAAGAUGCUAAACAAAAAACAUUGCAUAGCUGUAAUUGAUUCCAAUCCUGGGCAGGAAGAAAGUGACCCUCGUUAUAAGAGAAACAUAUGCAGUGUAAAAUACAGUGUGAAAAAAAUAAAUCAUACUGCGAGUGAAAAUGAAGAAUUCAAUAAAGGAGAAUCUACAUCCCAGAAAGUUGCUGAUAGGACUAAAAGUGAGAAUGGCCUACAGAAUGAAAGUUUAAGUUCCACACAUCAUACAGAUGGCUUAAGCAAAAUCAGACUAAACUAUAGCGAUGAAUCACCUGAAGCUGGUAAAAUGCUUGAAGAUGAACUCGUCGACUUCUCAGAAGAUCAGGAUAACCAGGAUGAUAGCAGUGAUGAUGGAUUCCUCGCUGAUGACAACUGCAGUUCAGAAAUAGGACAGUGGCAUUUAAAGCCUACUAUCUGUAAACAACCUUGUAUCCUACUUAUGGACUCACUCCGAGGCCCUUCUCGGUCAAAUGUUGUCAAAAUUUUAAGAGAGUAUUUAGAAGUGGAAUGGGAAGUUAAAAAAGGAAGCAAAAGAAGUUUUUCCAAAGAUGUUAUGAAGGGCUCUAAUCCAAAAGUACCACAGCAAAACAACUUCAGUGACUGUGGUGUAUAUGUAUUGCAGUAUGUAGAGAGCUUUUUUGAGAAUCCAAUUCUCAGUUUUGAACUACCUAUGAAUUUGGCAAACUGGUUUCCUCCACCAAGAAUGAGAACAAAAAGAGAAGAAAUCCGAAACAUAAUUCUGAAGCUACAGGAAGAUCAGAGCAAAGAGAAAAGAAAGCAUAAGGACACUUACUCAACAGAAGCACCUUUAGGCGAAGGAACAGAACAAUAUGUCAAUAGUAUCUCAGAUUGACCAUUUCUGUUACUUGUCAUUUCUACUUUCAGAAACUAAAUGACUUUCAAAUUUGGGUAUAGACAAUAAAGAACUGAAGUGCUCACUACUCAGUGAUUUGGAAAUUUUGAUGCUUGUAUAAAUGUCAGAUAAUUAAUUUCCAAAGGCGUAUGUAUUAAGUAAAAGUCUGUAAAUAUGUUAAUGAGGCCAAUUUUUCCAGCAUUUAUAAUUAUUUUUUUCACUUGUUAGGAAGCUUUUGUUAUGUAUUUUCUGUUAAUAGUACCUAAAAUUGCAACUUCUAAACACAAAUAAAAAGAAAAUAUUUAUAGGAGGAAA